AUGGAUAAGAGAAUGAUUACUGAUGCAUUUGAAGAAAUCAAAUGGAAUGGCUGGGGGGACACUGGCGUGUGUAUCAAAUACGAUGAGGCGAGGCAACUCCCCAUACACACAAAUGGAAAGCCGAUGAAGCAUCUUCUGAAGUUCAUGAAGGACGAUGUCCUCAAGGUGAAGGGAGAGUUUAAAAUUAAGCCCACACCCGGGCUAACAAAAGAGGAGGCCAUUAAACGGCUCCCACCGCCUGUAGUGAAACAACCAUUCGUGGAUGAGUUGCGUCAGGUUCUGUCAAAAGAUCAGAUCCGUCUCGACGCAUAUGCCCGCCUGACGCACAUCUUUGGUAAAAAUUAUCGCGACCUUUGGCGUGUAAGGCGUGGUAUGAUCGACCGCCCACCCGAUGCGGUCAUUCUCCCCAACAACCACGAUGAUUGCGUAAAGAUUAUGGAAUUGGCACAAAAACACAACGUUGUUGUUGUGCCAUUCGGUGGUGGCACAAAUGUGACAGGUGGCGUGGAGCCGAAUCCCUUUGAGACGCGACGUAUGGUUAUCUCCAUUGACAUGCGACGGAUGGGGCGAAUGCUUCAUAUAGACACAGAAUCUGGUACCGCUGUGUUUGAAGUGGGAGUGCUUGGCCCAGAUAUAGAUGAGCAACUGAGCCGCUACGGUUUCAUGAUGGGUCAUGACCCUGAUAGUUAUGCAUAUUCGACUCUUGGUGGCUGGAUUGCUGCGCGAGGCAGCGGUGCCAUGUCGAAUAAAUAUGGAGAUAUUGAAAACAUGAUUCUCGCCAUGCGGGUGGUGACACCUGUUGGCGUGGUGGAAACACCCCUUACCUCGCGACCCUGCGGUGUCGACUUGAACGCCAUGUUUGUUGGGUCCGAGGGUGCCUUUGGACUUGUUACAGAGGCUGUUGUUAAGAUUGAACGCAUACCAGAGGUGAAGCGUUACGAAGGCUGGCUCUUUCCCUCAUUUGAAGUUGCUUUUACUGCUUUCCAUACAUGCACACGCAAGGGGAUCCACCCGUGCACAAUGAGGUUAUACGACGAAGACGACACACGGCUCAGUUUUGCAGCAAGUACAGACUCCGGGUUGGUUAGUACAUUCUUCAGCAAGUGCUUUAAGAAAUACAUCGCAACUGUGAAGGGAUGGAACCUCAGCAAAAUAUCACUUGUGGUUGUCGGAUUUGAAGGAACCAAAGCCCAAACGAACUGUCAGCGGAGUGAAUUGGUUGGCGUCUUCCAAGCCUUCGGUGCCACAUGCUUGGGAACCAAGCCGGGUAACACGUGGCAAGAAAAGAAAUACGACCUUCCGUACCUUCGCGAUUUCGCUCUGGCUCACAAUUUUUGGGCGGACGUAUUUGAGACGAGUGUCCUCUACACGGACGCUAUUCACUGCUGGAGAGCAGUCAAGAAAUCGUUUGCGGAAGUGAUGGCCGAGAAUGGUAAGAACGCAUGGAUAGGCUGCCACACUGCACAUCAGUACCGUUUUGGUUGCUGUUUGUAUUUCACCUUUAUUGGCGGGCAGGCCGACGAAAAUGACCUCAAGAUCUUUUUGCAAGUAAAAAAAAGGGCGAUGGAAGUCAUGUUACAGCACAGAGGAAACCUAACUCACCACCAUGGAAUAGGUUAUGAGCACGUCCCAUGGAUGAAGCGUUACAAUGGUGAGGGUGGGUUAGACGCAAUUAUGAAGUUCAAGAAAGCGCUUGAUCCAAAGAACAUAUGUAACCCGGGAAAACUGCUCCCCUCACCCCCUUCGGAGAAGGAAACACCAAAGGCCACACAGGCCCGUCAGAAUCGUGAAAUGAUGUUUGACAAAAUGGGCAUUCCCGGGGCUCUUCAGGCUCACCUCUGA